AUGCCGGCGUUUGUGGGAGGCGGCUGCGAAGCUCAGAGCAAGCGAGCGGGCGUGGUUCAGCUUCGGCGUGGUUCAGCUUCGGUCCUCGUCCUUCUUCUCCUCCUCGUCGCCACAGAGCUGGGGACGACGACGGUGGCGGAGGCGAGGUACUGCCUGUCGCAGAGCCACCGGUUCAAAGGCUUGCGCAUGAGCUGCAGCAACUGCGCCAACGUGUGCCAGACCGAGAACUUCCCCGGCGGCGAGUGCAAGGCGGACGGCGUCUAG